AUGAUUCAUCAUAAUGCAUUUGGCACGAUUCGAUGUUGGUGUCUACUGUUCGUUGCAGCAGUAUUUCCAAUCAUAUCAGGUGAAGCUAUAACAGCGGUUCAAGCUGAUUCUUUCGUGGAAAGCAUCGGUAUUAACACCCAUUGGGCAUAUAAAGGAGUAUAUACUAACAAUUAUACUACUCUUCGAGCAAAAUUGGUGGAAUCCGGUAUUCGAUACGUGCGUGAUAGGACCGUUGCAGGUGUUUUCACUCGUGCAAAUGACCUCUACGACAAUUUUGGAAUCAAAACAAACAUGUUAACUGCAAGAUGGAUACCUGGCAUAUGGCCGGCUCCAUUGGAUCCGACACAGAUCGAUGCCGAACUCAAUGACAUCAAAACUCAAGCACUCCGAUCGGUAGAUGCUAUAGAGGCCCCAAACGAAUAUGAUCAUGCACAUGGUCCCGACACUAACUGGCUGUCAACGAUAAAAAACUAUAGUAUUAACCUCUACAACAAAGUCAAGGCUGAUCCAAUACUGAAGAACUUUCCCGUUAUCGGACCAUCAUUGGUAAACUACGAGUCAUAUGUUGCUGUCGGCAAUAGUGAUUCUUUUAUCGAUUAUGGAAACCAGCAUAUAUAUUAUUGGACUUACUGGCCAGGUUUCAGCGGUUACGAUAGUAACGGAACUCGCAGCAUUGAUUGGUAUCUCAAUCUUUUGGCUCGUGCACAGUCACCAUCUGGCAAACCAGUGAUAGCUACGGAAACCGGUCACACAACUUUCAUUGAAGUUGGUGGUUUAUCAGAAGAAGCUGAUGGAAAAUACACACUUCGUAUACUUGCUGAGUUCUUCCGUCGAGGUAUUUAUCGCAGUUACAAAUAUGAACUGGUUGACGAAGAAAUAACUGGCAGAGAAGGUUUCUUUGGUCUCUUACGCAACAAUCUUACCGAAAAGGCAUCGUUUCGAGCAGUAAGAAAUCUCAUAUCGAUAUUAAGUGAUAAAGGUUCAGCCUUCACACCAGCAUCAUUGAACUACACACUCACAGGUAACUUAACCAAUGUUCGUCAACUGCUCUUUCAAAAACGCAAUGGUGACUUUUAUUUGAUGGUGUGGAACGAGGUGUCAAGUUGGGAUGUUCGACUCAAGUUUGAUCUGUAUCCAUCACCACAGCAGCUUCAACUAAAUGUUCAAGGUGAUCGCAUUCUCACUGAUCUCAUCCUUUAUUCAUUCAACAACAAUGCCGAUGUGAAUGUUACUUCUCUUCCUGUCAUCAACAAUCAAGUGAAGUUCAACUCAACUGACAAGAUCAGUAUUUUACAGGUAAAAAUUGCCACCGUUUCUACGAACUCCAUAAUCGGAGGUGUCUAUCGAAUCACGCCCAAAUUCGCCCCGCAAGCUGCACUCUAUGCAAUCAGCGAUCAGAAUCAUGCAGUCAUUAGUCAAACAUAUUAUUCUGGUGCUGCCAAUCAACAAUGGAUCUUAGAAUCACUUGAUGAUGGUUUCUAUCGUAUCAAAAACCGUGUAGGUGGUCGAGUGCUCGACGUAGACAAUUGCAACACAUACGAUGGUGGUGUCACGCGAUUGUACGAUUGGUCGAAUACUGACUGCCAAAAAUGGAAAGUGGAAGUGUUGUCGAAUGGAUAUUAUCGUUUAACACCAAAACAUGCUCCGAAUCAAAGUCUGAAUGUUCAGUUGUGCAGAGGUGGAGGUGGAAUCAUUGUUCAGCAGUCGUCAUGGUCGAAUAGUGAUUGUCAACUAUGGAAACUGGAACGCAUUGAGUAA